ACUUCUGAAGCUACCAACAUACCCUCUAAUCACUAUUAUAAGCAAAAGAAUGAAUCUAAAAACUUGUGUUUUGCUUAUAAUAAUAGUAACAGGAGAAUCUACUAUUUUUCUAACUCACACUGCUUUUUGUCUGUUGCAGUGAAUCUACACAUAGAUAUGGCUUCUUCGUCCUCUCUCAAGAAACACGAGGUCUUCAUCAGCUUCAGAGGCGAGGACACUCGCCCCAGCUUCAUCAGCUUCCUCCAUGCUGCUCUCUGCAGAACCUACAUUGAGACCUACAUAGACUACAGGAUCGACAAAGAAGAUGAGGUCUGUCCUCAACAUGAGAAAGCCAUCAGAGAUUCCACUCUCUUCUUGCUCAUCUUCUCUGAAAACUACGCGUCAUCCACAUGCUGCUUGAACGAGCUGGCUGAGAUUAUCAAGUGCAAGAGAGAUGAUGAAGACAUUGUCGUCAUCCCUGUGUUCUACAAGAUAGAGCCGUCACAGGUGAGGAAGCAGAGCGGGAGUUACCACACGGCGUUCGCGAAGCACAAGAAGCAGGGGAAGGACAAGAUUCAGAAGUGGAAGGAUGCUCUCUUUGAAGCUUCCAAUUUCUCUGGAUUUGAUUCUACUGGAUACAGGACUGAAUCUGACUUGAUUGAAGACAUCAUCAAAACGGUUUUACGAAAGCUAAAUCAAAAGUACACGAAUGAAUUGAGAUGCCUGUUCAUACCUGAUGAAAACUAUUCACGCAUUGAGUCUUCAUUAGAAACUGAUUCAAGUGAUGUUCGAAUAAUUGGACUUUGGGGAAUGGGAGGCAUAGGCAAGACAAGCCUUGCUGCUGCUAUCUUUCAGAAAGUGUCCUCCCAGUAUGAGGGUAGUUGCUUCUUAGAAAAUGUGACAGAAGAAUCUAACAGGCGUGGACUCAAUUACACAUGCAACAGACUCCUUUCUAAGUUGCUAAAGGAAGAUCUUGGCAUUGACACUCCCAAAGUGAUACCUGCUAUUGUUAUGAGAAGACUUAGACGCACAAAAUCUUUCAUUGUACUAGAUGAUGUGAGUACUUCACAGCUUCUAGAAAGUUUGAUUGGAGCCGGGCGUGACUGGUUAGGAGCUGGUAGCAGAGUCAUUGUGACUACCAGAGACAAGCACGUGCUUUUAAGUGGAGGAGUUGAUGAAAUUCAUGAAGUCAAGGAAAUGAACCUUCAAAACUCCCUUCGGCUUUUCAGCUUGAAUGCUUUUAAUCAAAUCCUCCCCAAACAGGAAUAUGAGGAGGUAUCAAACAAAGCAGUUGCUUAUGCCAAAGGCAACCCUUUGGCUUUGAAAGUUUUGGGAUCAUUUCUUCGUUCCAAAACUAGAAAAGAGUGGGACAGUGCAUUAGCUAAACUGAAGGAGAUUCCCAAUGCAGAUAUUCAAAAGGUGUUGAGAUUGAGCUAUGAUGAUUUAGAUGAUACAGAGCAAAAUAUAUUUCUAGACAUUGCAUGUUUUUUCAAAGGAAGUGGAAGAAAGAAAGUAACAAAAAUAUUAAAUGCUUGUGGUUUCUUUGCAGAUAUUGGGAUAAGAAACCUUUUAGACAAGGCUCUUAUUACUAUUUCUUCAUAUAAUGUCAUUCAAAUGCAUGACCUGCUACAAGAAAUGGGUAGGGAAAUUGUUCAUGAGGAAUCUGUCAAAAACCCUGGGCAGCGCAGUAGACUGUGGGACCCUCAGGAAGUCUGUGAUGUAUUGACAAAUGAUAGAGGAACUGGUGCAGUUGAAGGCAUAGUGUUAGAUAUGAGUCAAAUUACACCCAUAAAUUUAAGCUCCGAGGCAUUCAAAAGCAUGUGGAACCUAAGGGUACUUGCCUUCGAAGCCUACAAUCGGGAUGUUAAGAGAAUUAACUCUGUGAACCUUCCAACGGGUCUUGACUCAUUGCCUAAAGAGUUAAGAUGUUUUGCAUGGAGGGGAUAUCCAUUGAAUUCUUUACCAUCAGCUUUUCGUCCUGAGAAGCUUGUUGAGCUUCACCUGCCAUACAGCAAUGUGGAAAAACUUUGGAACGGAGCACAGAAUCUGCCAAGUUUAGAGAGAAUUGACCUUAGUGAGUGCACAAGCUUGACAGAGUGUCCAAAUUUGUCCCGUGCCCCAAAUGUUAAACAUGUUGUGCUAGGCAAAUGUGAAAGUUUGACUCAUGUUGAUCCAUCCAUUUUCACACUCCAGAAACUUGUUGAAUUAGAUGUGAGUGGAUGCAAGUCACUUAAGAGCCUAAGUUGCAGCUCUUCUUCACCAUCCCUCAGAAGAUUCUAUGCCUGGGGUUGCUUCAAUCUCCAAGAGUUCACAAUCACAUCAAUGCCCUCCAGUACCAGUGGUCCUUCCACAACUGGUUUGUCUUCGCAGCUAGAAGGGUCAUGUUUGAAGAAUGAGGUGCCCUCAUCAUCUUCCCACAUCAGAAACCUUGAACUCUUUUCUUUUCCCAUCUGUGAGAGUCUCAAAGAUCUCCCUGAAAACUUAGCCUAUCAAAUCACACUUUCAGACUCAGGAAAAAAUGAAUGUGACACUUUGAUAACCUUACAUAAAGUACUACCUAGCCCUUGCUUUCGACAUGUAAGACGUGUAUUUUUUUUCCUUUGUCACACUUUAUCUGAACUCCCAGACAACAUCUCCUUGUUAUCAUCAUUAGAGUAUUUAGGACUGUUUUUUUCUGCCAUCAGAAGCUUGCCUGAAAGCAUUAAGUAUCUUCCACGACUCAAAUUUCUUGAACUCGGUGAAUGUAAAAUGAUUCAAUCUAUACCUGCGCUUCCGCAGUCCAUUGAGUGCUUCUUUGUCUGGAACAGCGAAUCUCUUCAGAAUGCGUUGACUUCGGUGAGUGAACCAUCCAAAAAACCUGACAAGUGCACUUUUCUGCUUCCUAACUGCAUAAAAUUGGAUCAGCCUUCAUUCAAUGCCAUUCUGAAAGAUGCCAUUUUUAGGAUUGAACUUGGUGCAGAACCAAUGUCAGCAGAAGUAUUAGAGAAAAGAGAAGAUGCAUCCUCGGAUGAUGAGGAUGAUAAUUAUAAUGAUUUAUUUAAUGACUUGUACAUUUCUGAAGCUGUAAGAAGUGGAAAGAUUUGCUACUUGUUACCUGCUGGAAACUGCGAAGUUGGAGACUGGUUCCAUUACCACUCUACCCAAGCUUUAGCCACUAUUGAGCUACCUCCUAAUCAUUCGGGAUUCAUUUUCUUCUUGGUCCUUUCUCAAGUUCAAACAUAUCACAUUGGAUACCGUGGAAGUUUUGGAUGUGAAUUUUGCUUGGAAACUAGUUGGGGUGAAAUGAUCAUUGUAAAAAGUUUCUUUGUAGAUGAAAGCAUUGUGCUUAAUCCGCAUACAUUAUUUGAUAUAAUGUCAGAUCAUGUGUUUUUAUGGUAUGAUGCAAAAUGUUGCCAGCAGAUAAGGGAAGCAAUCAAAGAAAUAAAAGCCAAAGACGGAUGCGCCGCUGCCAAUCCAAAGCUUGCAUUUAAAUUCUUCGCUCGAACUCAGGAUAAUAUGGAAGCAGUGAUAAAGGAGUGUGGGUUUCGCUGGAUAUAUUCCUCAGAAGAUCAAAUAGUUGAGGAAGGUGAAGAAUGUGAAUCUGAGACAUGUGGGGAAACCCACAGAGGUGAAGGCUCUGACUGUGAUGAGCAAAAAGAAACUGUUACUCCAAUAAAGACAUUCAAGCAAAGUGUUCUUGUAACUUCAUCCAACCUGGAAGCCGAAGGAACAGAACACUUGAGGCAAACACUUGAAGAACUUUUGCAUAUUGGAUUUGGUGGAGACCUUAUGCAGUAAGGAGAUGAAAUUGCGGUACUCCUGAUGUAGCAGAGGCAAGGGCAUUAAUCAGGCCAGAUCUUGGACAAAUUACUGUUACAAAAUGAAGAACUGGAAAUUGAUCCAACUUAACUUAAGGAUCUUCAAGAGUGAGCGAGUUCAGUGCAGGCUAAGCACAACUUUCAAUCUGAUUUUUGCAAAAAAGUUUGUCAUAAACGUACGGAAAGAACCAGCAAUUCUUCUAAGCACCAACAUUAGCCCUUAUUGAUAUCUAUUUCCCCCUUCAAUAUUUGCAAUUUUGAGAAAAUAUAUGCUCCUUGUAUUGAAUAUUACAAUUAUAUACAUAAUGUAACUAGGUGUUCGUAUGACUAAAAUAGUACUAAUUACAUCUUUAGUAAAACUACUUCAGUACUAAGUAGGUAAUAUCUGUUAAAUCUAA